CACCACCAAGCAACUGUGGCAUAGAAAUUUAAUUUUUGCUCUGGUUACGCCAGACCGCAGUACAAAUAUAGCAACAUGACGACUCGCAAAAGAAACGAAUUUUUGGAUAUCGUCUCCGACGACGAUGAAGGCAGCGACCGCGGCUACGACUCCGAGGCCGCGGAGGAGAGCAAAGGUCGACUCACAAAGCGACGCAAGACACACACGCGUGCAGACGAUCUCAGCGACGAGGAAUCAGACAUCGGCCACUCCGAGUCAGAAGAUGAGCCGAAAACCAGGCUCAAGGGCAAACCGAAGUCCAAGUCCCAGUCCCAAACAACGGAACGCAGCAAUGACAGCGCCGACGAAGAUGAAGCAGACGACGGAGAGAAAAUGCAAGUAGAUCAGUACCUCGACGCAACAGCCACAUACUCACCUUCACAAUCACGAUCGCAAUCACCGUCCACAUCCAGCGUGAACUCCAAACCAACAAAACUGAAGAAGAAACCCCUCGAUAAAGUCCGGCCGCCCAAGAAGAACAAAACAGGUGUCAUUUACCUCUCGUCUCUACCCCCGUACCUCAAACCCUUCGCUCUGAAAUCCAUGCUUGAAACCCGCGGCUUCGGACCCAUCACUAAGGUCUUCUUGACUCCCGAGGUGCCAUCGAACUCUGCCCCUCGCCGACGAUCCAAUAAGCGGAAAUCCUACGCUGAUGGCUGGGUUGAGUUCGCCUCGAAGAAGACGGCGAAGAUCUGCGCGGAGACGCUGAAUGCGACCAUCGUCGGCGGGAAGAAGGGCGGGUGGUACCAUGACGAUGUGUGGAACAUGAAGUAUCUGAAGGGCUUCAAGUGGGCGGAUCUAAUGGAGCAGGUGCAGCGGGAGAGGUCGGAGAGGGAGGCGAAGAGGCGGAUUGAGGAUACAAGGGCCCGCAAGGAAGAUAAGGUGUUCUUGCAGGGUGUGGAGCAGGGUAAGGUUCUGCAGGGGAUCCAGAAGAAGAAUGAGGAGAAGAAAAAGAAGAAAGGCGAGACGGGGCCGGUGAGGGUCCGCAGGUUGUUCAAACAAAAUGAGGUCAAGAUGGGACGGGAUAAGGUCAAGGAUAUCUCUACGUUGGAAGAUGAUGCGAAGCGCGUGCUGAGCAAAAUCUUCUAAUCUGUAUUCAUGCCGAUACGCCAUCAUAGAUAUCCACUACUUGCAACUGUUUCCUUUUGUCCAAACUCAGGAAUGUAGAAUAUAUUCUAUAUAUCUGCAUGAGAAAACU